CAGGCAGCCAGCUGGUUCUCAGGUCAGCAAGAGACGAUCCAUUUUUAUCGGAAGCUUUAUAGCAGCAAUAAUGCUAAUACCCAGCUCUUGGGCUCUACAAUGUAGAGGACAUGGCAUCGCCCAGCAGUGACAGCUAUAUUGUGCGCGUCAAGGCUGUGGUUAUGACCAGAGAUGACUCCAGCGGGGGAUGGUUCCCACAGGAAGGAGGCGGGAUCAGUCGCGUCGGGGUCUGUAAGGUCAUGCACCCCGAAGGCAACGGACGAAGUGGCUUUCUCAUCUAUGGUGAACGGCAGAAAGACAAACUGGUGGUACUGGAAUGCUAUGUAAGAAAGGACUUGGUCUACACCAAAGCCAACCCCACGUUUCACCAUUGGAAGGUCGAUAAUAGGAAGUUCGGGCUUACUUUCCAGAGCCCUGCUGAUGCGAGAGCCUUUGACAGGGGCGUGAGGAAAGCGAUCGAAGACCUCAUAGAAGGCUCAACAACUUCCUCUUCCACCAUCCAUAACGAAGCUGAGCUUGGUGAUGACGACGUUUUCACAACAGCCACGGACAGUUCUUCUAAUUCCUCUCAGAAGAGGGAGCAGCCUACACGGACAAUCUCCUCUCCCACAUCCUGUGAGCAUCGGAGGAUUUAUACCCUCGACCCGUACCCCCCAGACCAUUACCACCUCGACCAGGCGGGGCAGCGGAUGCCGAGGCCCUACCCGCAGGUGAGCUUCCCGGACGACGACGAGGAGAUCGUGCGCAUCAACCCCAGGGAGAAGAUCUGGAUGACGGGCUACGAGGACUACAGGCACGCGCCCGUCCGGGGCAAGUACCUGGACACCUCGGAGGACGCGGACUCCUACGUGCGCUUCGCCAAGGGCGAGGUCCCCAAGCACGACUACAACUACCCCUACGUGGACUCCUCGGACUUCGGCCUCGCCGAGGACCCCAAAGGCCGCGGGGGCAGCGUGAUCAAGACGCAGCCGGCCCGGGGCAAGUCCCGGCGGAGGAAGGAGGACGGCGAGCGCUCGCGCUGCGUGUACUGCAGGGACAUGUUCAACCUGGAGGAGAACCGGCGGGGCCACUGUCAGGACGCGCCCGACUCCGCCAGAACUUGCAUCCGCCGCGUGAGCUGUAUGUGGUGUGCGGACAGCAUGCUCUAUCACUGUAUGUCGGACCCCGAGGGAGACUAUACAGACCCUUGCUCGUGCGACACCAGCGACGAGAAGUUUUGCCUCCGGUGGAUGGCUCUUAUUGCCUUGUCUUUCCUGGCCCCUUGUAUGUGCUGUUACCUGCCCCUUCGGGCCUGCUACCACUGCGGGGUGAUGUGCAGGUGCUGCGGCGGGAAGCACAAAGCGGCCGCCUGACUCAGUUUCCCCUCCUUCCCUCCUGCAUCCACAGCCACAAGGAAGCGUGUUGUCUCUUACAUACGCUCGUCUUCUUCCUGCUCCCUUCUACUCCAGGGGCGAGGAGAGGCACCGUUCCAGCCUAGGAACCCUCCCGGUGGACUCUCCCCUCCCUGGCACCACCGUCUGCCACCACCCCCACACACGCUCACUCAGUGUUCUAAGGAAAGGAACCUUCUGCAUAGACGCUCGUGUAUUAUUACCAGCCUGUACUCAAACUAGCUGUCUUACCCAUGUGUUGAUUUUCCUGUCUCUCCUCUCCUGUCUCUUCCAGUUCAGAAGGGUCUGUGGUGCAAACUGCUGAUUUUUGGUGGGUUUUGUAGUUGCUUUUCCCGAGAGCACCGAAGAGGAUCUUUCUCUCGGGUGGGCCUGCCUGUUCCUGCGGAGAUGUGAUGUCAGAGCGAUGGAACAAACCCUACCAGCAGUAUUCUAACCUGCAGUCAGUUAUUAUGUAUAGGAGGUGAGCUGUCAACAAUCCCGCACCAUGAAUCAAUACCGCUCUAACUUGUCUAAAGCCAGCUUGCCCAUGUAAGCUACAGUUCUAUCUUUAGGCCAUCUACAUAUUUCUGCCCCCUAUCUGUUGGAUUUAUUCACUGAUGCAAAACAUUCACCUGUAAAAUGAUGAGAAUUGAGCCUUAACUUCAGAUUAACUUGUGAGAAUCAGGAAAAAUUCCUUAAACUGCGUCAUAUCCUCGUGGACCAGGGCUAGAAAGGGGAUUUCAGGCUCCUGUGAGCCUCCCCGCUUACCCAUAAAAUAGAACUUUUUAAAAUUGUGUUGCCACCACUGUUUAAAAAAACAAAAAAACAAAAAACAAAAAAAAAACAAAACUUAGCAAUAGUAGAAUAAGAUGCGAAUGAGGUCAGAAAUUUUGCUUAUUGUUUUGCAAACCAGGUUGUGUCUUCAAACACCAACCAGUGUUCUGCACACAAGCUCUUGUUGGAAAACACUUAAGGUUGUGGUGAAUAAAACUAUAGGAGCUUUCCCCCCUCCCCCUUCCUGCCCCGCCACUGUUUUAUAUAAACCAGGGGGAAUUUUAAAUGUCAUAAAUUUGAAGAGUGGUGGUUUGCAUGUUUUGUUUGUAGGAUUCUGUAUUUUGUUUUCGUUUUGGACUCAAUUUCACAUCACCAAAUUCUUCAUUUAUACUUGGGAAAAAACAAGGCCAUAUGUAAAAACCCUUCUGAUGCCUAAGUGUCUUUCUCCUGCAACACCCAGACUUGCCACUUUGGGUGCGUAGAUCGUUAGGUCAGCCGAUUGGUUCUACCUGUUGCCUUGCCAUGUAGGAGGCUUCUAGUUAGCUGGAAAAGAGUAUUUUUCUAACAUAUUGCAAGGAAUAGCCAAAUCUUCUUAUUGAAGAAAGAAGAAACGUGAAGAAUAAUUACUUGUACCUAGCAUAGUACAAUCAGAACCUCGUCGGGCCCACAGGGGACAGGCUUGCCGAAGCUGGCUCUUCUCCCCACCAGUCUUCCCGUGGUAGUUGCCAGCUGAAGGCGUGGCCCGGUCUCCUCACCUCCCUUCCCCCACCCCUUCUCUAUUGCACACGGGACAUCAGUCUUCAAGGAAAGGGACUUUCUUACAGUCUACCAGUCUCACUGGGAAAAUGCUAGCCAUGCUUACCUUCCCGGGAGUGUUUGCAGCUCGCCUUGAGAGCCCACCCCGCUUCUUUAGACAGAUCAUCCGUGUAAAUACCCACUGUGCUUAGGAGUUAGUUGGUAGACAUUUUCAUUUGUUGGGAUGACUGGUUGGGGCUUUCCAGUGUGGAAAAGGAGCAGAGAGAGAGCAGUCCGCCUGGAUCAGUGGAAGGAAAGGACCCUUCCCUGCCAGAAGAACAUCGCGAAAACCCUCAACCAGCCUCUGACGCUGCGGAGAGACCAUCUGCCCCCAUAGCCUGAGGUUUCUCCUCAGGGCCUUUCUCUAAGGUCACCUCUCUACAAAGCACAACACUAACGUAGGCUUCCUCAGACCUCAGUUAAGUGCCCCUAUUUAUUUCACUGAAAACACACACAUCCCGGCGGCUUUGUGUUCGUCACCUCUCUCUGGUCGUUGCUUCUUCUUGACCCGUGCCGGUGCCCACCCUUUUUUAAGAAUUAUGCUGGCAAAUCUUACUCGUUGAAUACUUCGGUGUUCGAAGGCAGAGGUUCGGGGCACAAAGACAGGCAUGGGGACAUCUAUGUAAAUACGUCUCUCUGAUCGCCACACUGAUGCUGAACAGCGUGUAGUAUUUUCCCAGUCAGCUUUGCCAUACUGACAUCAAUCAUUUGAGAGAAAUUAUUCAGAUUUUAUUUUUGUAUCUGUGGUAACAAACAUUAACCAAAAGAUUUUCUGUUCGGAGGCUUCCCCCAGUGACCCUCCCCCCCCCAAGCUAUUUGCUCACAUUAACAAAUGAAAGUGCCUGAAGCAUAAUUCAUUCUUUACCUGUAUACUAAAACCCCUGUUGUAUUGAUUUUUUUAUAAUAAGCCUUUUUACCUCUGUGUAAAAAAUAUAUAUACAAGUGUAUGAUGUACAUUUUAGUUCUUAACUUUUUUUUAUGGUUUCUAAUAUGUAUGACCAAUGUAGCCAUUGCUUUAAGAUGUACCAUGUAAAUACAAACACAUCCUACCAGA